GUGAGAUCUCUUCAAAAGCACAGUUAGCAGUUCGAAUCAUCCAAAGCGGUGUUGAGCCUCACCGAGUUUCGUCUUUUGCAUAAAUUUAGUGCGAAAUUUCUUGAAAAAUGUUUGGAUUGUGUAAAAAUACGGAAGGUGUCUUCAAAUUUGAAUUUCGUCGACAAUUGCUGGCUUCAGUAUGCAUUACGAUCAUAACUUUCUGCCAUGGCUUCGGCUUAGGUUGGUUUUCGGUGAUACUGGCAAAAUUGCAAUCACCCGCAGAGACUGAAUUGGAUUUCGUCAUAACUGUAAAUGAGGGUUCAUGGAUUGGCGGACUGUCAUCGCUGGGUGGUGGCGUCGGUAAUAUCGUCUAUGGCGUAUUGCUGGAUCUUAUCGGGCGUAAAGCUAGCAACUAUUGCCUAGCUGUGCCGUAUAUUGUUUCUUGGAUACUCGUAUAUUUUGCACGUUCCGUGGAAUAUCUAUAUGUGAGCCGAUUUUUAGCUGGUGUUACGGGCGGUGGCACUUAUGUCAUCAUACCGAUAUUUAUUGGCGAAAUCGCUGAACCAAAAAUUCGCGGACGCUUAACCUCACUUUUCUCUCUAACCUUAAAUAGUGGCAUAUUUUGUGGUUAUAUAGUAACGGCACGUGUGCACUACCAUUACAUACCGAUCUUCGGUAUACUAAUGCCGGUAAUUUUUAUGUUAUUUCAAAUACUUUUUCCGGAAACACCAAUGUUCUUGCUACAACGUGGUCAAGAUGAACGCGCUAAAGAGUCUCUGAAGUUCUAUCGCAACUAUGAACCGAAAACAAAAGAGAGCGCUACCCACUUUGAAAUAGAGUUUGAAAAGCUUAAGACUGAUGUAACCAGUCACCAAGCAAAUACGAAUACUGUAACCUGGCAUGAUUUCUGUAAUAAACGCGCUAUGAUUGCCUUCGGUAAUGGUUUCGUACUUAUGUGGCUGAAUGUCUUUUGUGGCGCCUAUGCCAUACUCUACUAUACUUCCAGUAUCUUUGUAGCCGCGCGCACCGAACUACAUCCAGAUACCAAUACCAUUAUUGUGGGCUUGGUGCAAGUCACCGGCGUCUACACUGCAACUAUUCUGGUCGAUAGAUUCGGUCGGCGUCCGUUAUUGAUAUUUUCUUGUGCGGCCACUUGUGUGGGUAUGACGAUAUUCGGCAUGUAUGGUUAUCUCUUACAAAACACCUCGGUCGAUUUAUCGCCUGUUAGCGCAUGGUUGCCACUGCUAAAUGUUUGCCUCAUUAUGUUCGUGGCCAAUUCGGGACUUAUACCAAUUCCAUUUGUUUUGCUCGUGGAGUUAAUGCCACCGAAGAUACGCGCCAAAGCGUCCGCCAUUUGUUUGUGCAUCUUCAACAUCAUUGGCUUUAUUCUAAUGAAAAUGUUUCCGAUUUCUUUGGCUACUUUUGGCCUUUAUUUGCCAAUGUGGUUCUUUGCUCUGACAAGUGUUCUGGGUUUGGUAUAUAUUGUAGUCUUCAUUAAGGAGACCAAAGGCAUGUCGCUCAAUAAAAUUGACCCGGAAACAUAAGUGUUAUACAAGUUAUAAGUACAAAAGGGGGUUUUAUAGCUAUUAAGUGAUUAUGAUAAUAAUACAAUAAUAAUAAUAAUAGGGGGUG